AUGGACAUACAAGUAAGAUAUUUUAUCACCAACCUGACGGGCGAGAGGGACGUUCUGCAGGAGAAGAACCUCAACUUGGAAACGUCCAACCACAACCUGAGCCUCCAGGUGAAGCUGCUGGAGGAAGACGUCCGAACUUUACACGGAGAUCGAAACAAACUGAGAAAUGAGCUGCAGGAGCUGGAGGAGAAGCAGGCGGAGCUCAGGUGCCUCGUGGAAAACAGAUGUUGCCCUAAAAACUGGAUCAGAUUUGGCUCCAGCUGUUUCCUGGUUUCACCAAACACAAAGACGUGGACGGAAAGUCGACAGGAGUGUGAAGAACUCAGAGCCACACUGGUCAUCAUCUCCAGCCCCGAGCAGCAGAGGUUCGUGAGCGGGUUGACUCGUCACACUGUGUGGAUGGGGCUGACAGACGCACACACAGAGGGGGAGUGGAGAUGGGUGAACGGAGACGCUGUGACGUCCUCGUUCUGGGGACGCGGGGAACCGAACAACGCGGGAGAUGAAGACUGUGGAGAGAUUUCUGCUCAGAACCUGUGGAACGACGCCCCGUGCAGAACCAAACAACACUUCAUCUGUCAGAAGGUUCUGCAGCUUUAAAAGUCAAGUGGAGAUUGGGUUUGGAUUCAUGGUCUUCAUCUGUUGGAUCCUGGUCCAGAACCUGAGGAAGAACCACACCUGGACCUGAGAGAAGAAGCACACAAACCAGGACUAAACCAGGAUUAAACCAGGAUUAAACCAGGACUAAACCAGACCUAAACCAGACCUAAACCAGACCUAAACCAGACCUAAACCAGACCUAAACCAGACCUAAACCAGGACUAAACCAGGUCUAAACCAGGUGUGUUUUUGUUUUUGUCCCUGGAGUUUGGAGAGAACCAGGAUGAGGAGCAGAUCUGUUUCAUUUAUAAUAUUAAUGUUAGAAUGAAACAGAAGGUAGAAAAGCGACACAUUUGUCUCAGUUCUGGUUCUUCUCUGUUGAUCUAAAAUCGUCUCUGAAUCACAAACUCAGCUUCAUUUGAUUUUUAUUAUUUUUCAAUCUUUCUAAAUGUUCUGUUUUCUUCUUUUCCUUGUUUUUUCUGAUGUUUCUGCUGCUUCACUUGGAUUUUCAUAUUAAAGAUUUGGACCAAUCACA